AUGGGUUGGGAGGAGCAGCUGUGGACACACACGUCCAUGGUCAUGGUGGGCACAUCCAACCACAGCGACGCAGUCAUCUCCGCUGUCACCGUCAUCGCCAUCGACUGCACAGCCGCCAUCACACUCCUGCUGGCACCAGCCCCAAUCUGGCGUGAGGCAGACAUUGCACAUGUCAGUCGCUCUCAUGAAGAGCAGCAGCUAAUGUGUGGCUGCAUUGUGGAUGAACUGGCCCUCUGCCUCUCGUCCAUCUCCUGCUCCUCCUCGUCGUCAUUGGUCACCAACAGCAGCGGCUGCUGCCGUGGAUGUGGAGGGGGUAAUGUGCGUCGAUGUGCCGUUGCCUCUCAUGACGACGACGCUGGUGGUGGUGAGUGGACGGUGGCGGUUCUCUUCCCCAGCCCUCACGACACGAGCAGGGCGAUACACGCACACACAAUUGUGCGAGAGAAGAAGGCACAAGGUGAGACGUUGGCUCUGUGUGUGUGUGCGUGUCUGUGGAGGCGUGAUCGAGACAGCGGCCAACACAG